UUUACAGCUCAGGUCAGACAGGCACGAGCAGAUAACCCUCGAUUCAGCUGCUCACGUGACCGGGGGCAGGCUACUAGGACGCGUGGGCGUGUCUCUAUGCGGAUCCUACCCUAGAGCUCACCUGUCAGGUUGCAAGACCGAGGCUGUGAAGAACUUUCUUGGUCAAAACCCGACUGGAAAACAAAACAAAACAGCGCUAUGGAGUCUCCAGUGAAGGAUUCCCCGGUGAGACCGGGUUUCCACAGAAUGGAGAUCCAGAAAACGACGUGGGACGUCCCGCAUAGAUACGCGAACCUGCAGGCCAUCGGCUCCGGAGCUUACGGGACAGUGUGCUCUGCCAUCGACCAGAAGACCAAGGAGAAGGUGGCCAUCAAGAAGCUCUACCGGCCUUUUCAGUCCCUCAUCCACGCCACGCGGGCCUACAGAGAGCUCAGGCUGCUCCGUCACAUACAGCAUGAAAAUGUGAUCUGCCUUCUUAAUGUCUUCACACCUGACCCCACACUGGAGAAAUUCCAAACCUUUUAUAUGGUAAUGCCCUUUGUAGCCCAGGAUCUGGGCCACAUUAUGAAGACCAAGAGAUUAAGCAAUCGCAUCGUCACAUACCUGUUCUACCAGCUUCUAAGAGGCUUGAAGUACAUUCACUCUGCAGGGAUCAUUCAUCGGGAUCUGAAGCCUGGUAAUCUCGCUGUGAAUGAGAACUGUGAAUUAAAGAUUCUGGAUUUUGGCCUGGCAAGACAUACAGAGAGUGAAAUGACUGGUUACGUUGUAACACGGUGGUACCGAGCACCAGAGGUCAUAUUUAACUGGAUGCACUACAGCCAGACAGUGGAUGUCUGGUCAGCUGCCUGUAUACUGGCUGAAAUGAUCACUGGCCAGGUGCUUUUCCGAGGACAGGACAGUAUCGAUCAGCUGAAGAAGAUCCUCCGUCUAACAGGAACUCCAGACUCCUCCCUGGUGCAGAAGAUGCAGAGUAAAGAUGCACAAUCAUAUGUGCGAGGUCUCCCUCCACAAAAGAAGAAAAACUUCAAGGAAGCGUUUCCAGGCUUGGAUGACGGUGUUAUAGACCUGCUGGAGGGGAUGUUGCUGCUGGAUCCUGAGGCCAGGCUGACAGCUAAGCAGGGACUGUCCCACCCUUACCUGGCUGAAUAUCACGACCCAGACUGCGAACCAGACGCUGAGCCCUAUGACGACUCCUUCGAGAGCCUGGAGCUCGCCAUUGGCGAGUGGAAGAGUCUGAUCCACAUGGAGAUCAUGACCUUUGACCCUGACCACCCUAGUAUGACGGCCAUGUAGACCCCUUCAACUGUUUAGGUAUAAUAUAUGCACAAAGUGAAAAUUUGUCAUAUAGCAUCUUAAACGUGUUUUUGGUGCAUCUGAUGUGUAUUGCAGUUAAAAUGCAUUUCAAUACAGGGCAGCUUUAUUUUGUAUGGCGGCCUCUACAGGACAAUAGAGUCUGUAAGAAGUAACGAUAAGAGUAAUAUUCUUUCAUUGUGGAUUGCUUUGGUACCUUCACUAUGCAAUGAAAACAAAUGUGUUUGCAAGUGUUGCUGCAGGUAAAAUACAUUUGUGAUUCAAAUGUAAGUAAGCUUUAGGAAAUGCAAAAAUGUUAUGUUGGAACUGGUGCAUGUGGAUAUUAUUUGUUCAAUGAUCUGUGGUGUUUGUAAUAACUUAAACCACAUUUAGAAUGAAAGGCAAACAAAAUAAAAUACAAGUUCAUGAAAAGCAGUUCAUACUUAACAUAUUUCCUUUUAACAACAUUGCAACAUUUGUUUGUUACGCUGAAGCGGUGUCUGCUCAUUUCAGUAAGGAUGAAAUGUUUGGGGUUUUUUUUUUUUUUAUGGCGUAUAGCUUUAAUUCAAGGUUUUCAUCUGUAAAACGUCCUGUGUCAGAAUGUUUGGAAAGGAAAUGCUAAUUAAUAAGUUUAGAAGAUCCAGUCCAAGACUCCUUUCACAUUCAAUAACAAUUUAUUUCACUUAUCACUGAAUUGUCAGUGGGAACAGACGUGUGACAAAGUCAAGAUAAGGUUCAUAAGUACAGAGGUUUAUGGUUAAAAGCUAGUUACAGUCACUUUACAUGGGUGUAUUUGUCUUUCUGUAUGUUUUUGUGUCUUGUAUUCACAACAAAUAUGGGUAUAUUGUGCAGUGUUACUCUCUUCAUUUCAUAAUGAUCCGAAUCAUUUACACUGUUGUGUUUAUGUUUGUUUUUUUUGUUACUUCUCUUCUGAUUUCAAGAAAAAAAAAUAUUUCAAUAAAAAAAUAAAAGGAGCUGUCUGUUUUC